AUGGGAAAAGUUGGCGGAGGCAGCAGCGGCGGCGGCGGCUCCCCAACCGGGCUCGGCGCGCUUCUCGCCCGCACUGGGAUCUUGCUUCUCUGCGCCCGGGGCGCCUGUGGCGGGGGCGGCGGUGGGGGCGGCCCCUGUUGCCCCCCAGCGUCCCCAGGAUCGCCACAUCGCUGGACACCAGCUCGAGCUGGGACACCCCCACUGGGGCCUCAAAAGGACCCGGGGCCGGCGGCCGUUUCUGGGGAGCAGAGGCGCUCCGGGGCUCCUGCCAAGCCUGGUAGAGCGCCCGCAGCUACCAUGCUGUUCCCCCGCCGCCCAGUGUUUACAGUGGCCCCGGGGGACCGGGCUCUAUCCUUCGAGAGGUGUCCGGGCAGCGAUAGUGGGGCCGGAGGACUUCGCUCCAUCCGGAGGAGACGGAGUGGAGUGGAGCAAGAAAAGGAAGAUCGGGACAACAGCGAGGGCAGGCGCCCACGGGGGCCACCGGGGGACGGAGGGCAGCCGGAGCCUGGCAAAGCCACCCGGUUCCGGCUGGAGGAGCUGAGACUGACAAGUACCACGUUUGCGCUGACCGGGGACUCAGCACACAACCAAGCCAUGGUCCACUGGUCAGGUCACAACAGCAGUGUGAUUCUAAUUUUGACAAAGCUCUACGACUAUAACCUAGGGAGCAUCACUGAGAGCUCACUUUGGAGGUCAACAGAUUAUGGGACAACCUAUGAGAAGCUGAAUGAUAAAGUUGGUCUGAAGACAAUUUUGAGCUAUCUCUAUGUCUGCCCUACCAAUAAGCGCAAGAUCAUGUUACUCACAGACCCAGAGAUCGAAAGCAGUUUAUUGAUCAGCUCUGAUGAAGGGGCAACCUAUCAAAAGUACCGGCUGAACUUUUACAUCCAAAGCCUACUUUUCCACCCCAAGCAAGAGGACUGGAUACUGGCAUAUAGUCAAGACCAAAAGUUAUACAGCUCUUCGGAAUUUGGGAGGAGAUGGCAACUGCUACAGGAAGGAGUCGUCCCAAACAGAUUUUAUUGGUCAGUGAUGAGGUCAAACAGGGAACCAGAUCUUGUACAUCUGGAGGCCAGGACUGUGGAUGGUCAUUCACAAUACUUAACAUGCCGGAUGCAGAACUGCACAGAAGCCAACAGAAAUAAGCCUUUCCCUGGCUACAUUGACCCUGAUUCUCUGAUUGUUCAGGAUGAUUACGUUUUUGUUCAGUUGACUUCAGGAGGACGACCACAUUACUACGUGUCUUAUCGUAGGAAUGCAUUUGCACAGAUGAAGCUACCCAAGUAUGCCCUGCCUAAGGAUAUGCAUGUCAUCAGUACAGAUGAGAAUCAAGUGUUUGCAGCAGUCCAGGAAUGGAACCAAAAUGACACCUACAAUCUCUACAUCUCAGACACACGUGGCGUCUACUUCACCCUAGCUCUGGAGAAUGUGCAAAGUAGCCGAGGGCCUGAGGGUAACAUUAUGAUUGACCUCUACGAGGUAGCAGGGAUAAAGGGAAUGUUCUUGGCUAACAAGAAGAUUGACAACCAAGUGAAGACUUUUAUCACAUACAACAAAGGAAGAGACUGGCGGUUGCUGCAGGCUCCUGACACUGAUCUGAGAGGGGACCCUGUGCAUUGCCUCUUGCCCUACUGUUCCCUGCAUCUUCACUUAAAGGUCUCUGACAAUCCAUACACUUCUGGAAACAUUGCCAGCCGUGACACAGCUCCAAGCAUCAUAGUGGCUUCAGGUAAUAUUGGUUCUGAGCUGUCUGACAAUGAUAUCAGUAUGUUUGUGUCUUCGGAUGCUGGGAACACCUGGAGGCAGAUCUUUGAAGAAGAGCAUAGUGUUCUGUACCUGGAUCAAGGUGGGGUCUUGGUUGCUAUGAAACACACAUCUCUGCCGAUCCGACAUCUCUGGCUAAGUUUUGAUGAAGGGAGAUCUUGGAGUAAAUACAGCUUCACUUCCAUCCCUCUUUUUGUGGAUGGAGUGCUGGGUGAACCUGGGGAAGAGACCCUGAUUAUGACAGUAUUCGGACACUUCAGCCAUCGUUCUGAAUGGCAGCUGGUCAAAGUAGACUACAAGUCUAUAUUUGAUAGGCGCUGUGCUGAGGAAGACUACAGACCGUGGCAACUUCACAGCCAGGGAGAAGCAUGCAUUAUGGGAGCCAAGAGGAUAUACAAAAAGCGUAAAUCAGAGAAGAAAUGCAUGCAGGGAAAAUAUGCAGGAGCCAUGGCUUCUGAACCAUGUGUUUGUACAGAAGCUGAUUUUGAUUGUGACUAUGGCUAUGAGCGACACAGCAAUGGUCAGUGCCUGCCUGCAUUUUGGUUCAAUCCAUCCUCCCUCUCAAAGGAUUGCAGCCUGGGACAGAGUUACCUCAACAGUACCGGGUACCGAAAGGUGGUCUCCAACAACUGCACAGAUGGGGUGAGGGAGCAGUAUACUGCCAAGCCCCAGCAGUGUCCUGGCAAGGCCCCCCGGGGCCUCCGCAUCGUCACCUCUGAUGGGAAACUGACUGCAGAACAAGGGCACAACGUCACCCUCAUGGUACAGCUGGAAGAGGGUGACCUGCAAAGGACACUCAUCCAGGUGGACUUUGGCGAUGGCAUUGCAGUGUCUUAUGUCAACCUAAGUUCUACUGAGGAUGGGAUCAAACAUGUCUACCAGAAUGUGGGCAUUUUCCGAGUGACUGUGCAGGUGGACAACAGUCUGGGGUCUGACAGCGCCGUCCUGUACUUACAUGUAACUUGUCCCUUGGAGCAUGUUCACUUGUCCCUUCCCUUUGUCACCACCAAGAACAAAGAGGUGAAUGCGACAGCUGUUCUGUGGCCCAGCCAAGUGGGGACCUUAACUUAUGUGUGGUGGCAUGGGAAUAACACAGAGCCACUGAUUACCCUGGAGGGAAGCAAAUCAUUUAAGUUUACUUCUGAAGGAAUGAACACCAUAACAGUACAGGUCUCAGCCGGGAGUGCCAUUCUGCAGGACACAAAAACCAUUGCAGUAUAUGAGGAAUUCCAGUCUCUCCGCCUUUCCUUUUCUCCAAACCUGGACGACUAUAACCCAGACAUCCCAGAAUGGAGGCGUGACAUCAGCCGAGUCAUCAAAAGAGCCCUAGUUGAAGCCACUGGUGUUUCAAGCCAACACAUAUUGGUGGCAGUGCUUCCAGGCUUACCCACAGCUGCUGAACUCUUUGUCUUGCCCUAUCAAGACACUACCGGGGAAAACAAAAGAUCAUCAGAGGACCUAGAGCAGAUAUCAGAACUGAUGAUUCACAAACUGAACCAAAACUCCAUCCAUUUCGAGUUAAAACCUGGAAUACGUGUUCUUGUUCAUGCUGCCCACUUAACAGCAGCCCCCCUUGUGGACCUUACCCCAAGUCACAGUGGGUCAGCAAUGCUGAUGCUCCUCUCAGUGGUGUUCGUAGGACUGGCUGUGUUCGUUAUCUACAAAUUCAAAAGGAAGAUCCCGGGCCUUAAUGUUUAUGCCCAGAUGCAGAAUGAGAAAGAGCAAGAGCUGAUCAGCCCAGUCAGUCACAGUGAAAACAGUCCCAAUAUCACUCAGGCUGAGCUGAGGAACCCUGGCCAACUUAUAGAUGAGAAGUUGGACCCACAACCCGUAGGAAGUAUUUCCAUAGUUGCUGAGAAUCAAAGCACAAAAGAAAUCCCUACCUAUGUAAAUGUUUGAAUGGAGGACGCCAGUAAAAAAACAAAAACAAAAAACAAAAAAACAAAAAAACAAAAACAAACAAAAAACACAUUAAAAACACUCACUGCAUCGGGACUUUUUAAUUCUUCAGACACAGACAACAAGGGUUUUUAGCUUUAAACCUGUGCAUGUGGACAUGAUCCUGAGAACACGUUCGGAGGGGCGGUGUACAGGUGCUCUAUUUUAAUGGAAAUACGCUCCCCUCUUCCCUUCCUUUUCUCUCUUUUUUUUCUGAUCCGUCGUGUUUGUAGGAGAUUCGUAAUAAAUAGAGGCCAAGGAAAUCUGCAUGUAUUUUUUUUAAAGUAUUCUUGGCUCUAGAUUUAACAGCAAUUUUAGCACUAUAGCCCACAAGGCUGGAUUAGCCACCUGGGGCCAAUUUCAUAAGACACAAAAGAGAUGCCACACAGGAGUUUUGAAACCCUGGGCUCUUUCUCUGUUAAUUUCCCUUAUUUAUGUUUUCCCAUUUGAUUUCCCUUCUGUCCCUCCACUGGACAACAGUAGCUCUUCAUGCUCUGUGACUCUAGGGGGGAAAGGGGCAAUCGGUGCAGACAAUGGGGAACAUCAGUCUGGGAAGAGUGAGUCAGGCAUGUAAGUUGAAAAUGGGCAUUUCUUUCCCAUUCAUUUAUUUCUAGUGGCUCCAACAUCCAUGUAGAAGGAACUCGUUUUCCUCUUCAUAUCACCCUUCAUGGAAGUUAGGAUAUAACCUGAUUUUAAUGCUAAUUUGACCUUUCAUCCAUUAUUUUCCAUGUCUGAACCAAUCAAUUUUUCCUUUGGCCCUGCCACCUCUUAAUUUAACCCUCUCACUCCCUGGAGGAUCAAGGCAUCUAGUUGCCUCAUCUUUAUGGGUUUUUUUUUCAACCCUGCUGUCAACCUUCUCCUCCUCCUGUUGUUUUUUAAUACAAACUCUGCCAUAGCCUUUCCUGUUAUCUCAUGGGCAUUUAUUUUAGAUUCUGCUCCACUGAAUUCCCACUUUUACUAAAGCCUCUUCCAAAUUUCUCUCUAUAUUUGAGUUGCCACUGUGUGUUGGGCAGUAACCUGGAUCAGUGCAAAAACAUUGUUAGAAGUAAAAAACAAAAAACAAAAAAACUUGAUUCUACCCUUCUCUUUGCCCACUUAUUGUAACCUUGAGCAAUUUCUUCCUCUGUAUGGGCUCUGGUUUUCUCUGUACAUUGAUGGGUUUGGACCAAAUGGACUCUAAACUCCUCCCUCAAGAGUCUGUAGCCAACUUGCCUCCUAUACAAGAAGAGGAAUCUAGCUCUAUAGUACCCUCCAUCCUAGAUCCCCCUACCUCAAGUCAGGACCCCAUUUUUAAAACUGUCAAUAGAUUACACCUUAAAAAAAAAAAAGCUUCAGAUGUGAAACGGUGCUACUUAAGUCAGCAAGAUUGGGUCAUGUUUAGAGAAGGGAUCCAGAAGGAUUGUUUAUGUCUGACUUAGACUCCUUGUGGUCAAACCAGUGUUUAUUCAAAGAGGCAAUUCAUUUGUAAAUGCUAUAUUUCUAUUACAAUAUGUUUGAUUCACUUCCCCUUUACCUACCUUCUCCCCACCCCACUCACACACAUAUAUCUUUAUGUUGAUGGCUACCCGAAGAGAGAAAAUGCUACCCAAACCCUUCUCAUUGUAAAGUGGCAAUGUGCAUGUGACUUUAAGCUGACUGACAACUCACGAAAGGUUGUCAGCACCAUAAUUCAAUUAAAGGAAACCCAUUUUAGAAACUACACAGCUCUAAAAGAAAUAAACUGAGGUUUGUUAGAUAGUGAAGAUGAUAUUUUUGGCAAUCUUGAUGGUCCUGGUAGUAUACAAACACACACAUAUCCAUGGAUAUUCUGUUUUCAAUAUAAAAGGGGGAAAGUAAAUGAUAAAAUAGACAGAACACAGCAAAUCAGUAAAAAAAAAUAUGAUGGCAUUCAAAUUAUUCCAGGAUAUUUUCUGGUGUGGACCAGAAAAACCACAGAAGGAAUAGGCUAAAAAACUGAGGAAGUUUAGGAGAAAGCCCUAAAGACUUGGGAAUACAGAGACCAACCACAAUUGUAGGAAAAGGCAGUUUCAUAUUUUCAUUUUAGAGC